AUGGGGAAGCCCAGCCUGCCAAGCGCGUCGCCCGACAGCGACGCCAUGUCUCUGCACACUCAAUCUGGCGAUUACUAUCGUGAUGCCGACGAGCCGGACCUGUUCGCCGCCACCCAAGGCCACCACAACGAUGACCUUCCGCCAGUGUAUGACGAGGUAGCCGAGGCAAGCGCAAGCACCACCCAGACUGCCCCUCUACUCUCUGACACCGCCCUGCCUGGGUAUCCGUCGUCUUCUGACCUGCAGCCAUUCUUUCGCGAUGACCAGGCUCUCUACUAUCUGUCGGCUAAUCUUGAUUCCGAUCCGGAGCUCCUGGAGUCACGUGUCCGCAGCUGGGCAGCUAUCCCUCCGCGUCCGUUCGUGCGCGUCUAUGGCUACCAUCGCGAGCGGCGCAGCGGCCGCGAUGGGAAGAAGGAGAACAAAAACAUCACCGACUUCGACGUCAAGGUCGAGCUCACGCCUUAUCUCUUUGCCGACGCGACAAAUCGCCAUGCCUGGUCUGAGCUGCGAACUGUUGAGAACGGCGACAAAGCUAAGCGCGGCACCAUCUUUCCGCGCCGCGCGCCCAAAGCCAAGGGCAACAUCGAGCUGGGUGUCGUCGACAAGCCAAACUUGACGCAAUGGUGCCACCUGUAUGUUGCUUCACAUUCGGGGCUGAAGUCGUUCUCGCUGAGGCGAAAAAUGUCGGGGUUCGACCAGGCCCGCGUGAGGGAGCAGCUUGAGGCCUUGGUACGGAGGAUGAACUACAGAGGACACCUCCAUGUGUCGUUUCCCGUGCAGGAUCAUACGGUCCAGGUUUGGAACGAAUGCCGGACGAAUCAGUGGAGACUUACCAAGUGGAUCUACGUCAUGUUCUGCAUUAGUAUGCUGUGGUUGCUGUCGUGGCCUUAUCUGUUCUUACGGACCAAGAGAUUCGAGACCGUGAGCUCGGAAUGGCAUUUCUCGAGGGUAGAUUCCGAAGGCCGCAGGAGGUAUGUUUCGCUCACCGAAGAUCAAUGGUACAAUAUGUGGGCGAGGCCUAUUGCAAAAGCCGUCCUCUCGAAGAGGCAGGGCGUUCUGGAUCAGCAGGAUUUGAUCUCGGCCGACGGCGCGGACCCGGCGUUCAACACUGGUCAUUCGACGGUCGACGGAGCACUGGGCCUCUUCAGGGCCGGUGUCAAUGCAAUGAACGAGGUCAACCGGCAUCUCGGAUGGGGUGAGGACCAGUUUUAG